UGGACGUGGAUUCGCCAAGCAGCGUCAAUUCGGGAUUCUUUCCAAGCUAGUCCAAGUCCAGGACAAGUGUCGAGUUUCCCUUGGGUGUGUGCCCCAUUGGCGUAAGAAGUGAAGAAUUUUUCUUCGAUCAAAAGGUUACAAGUAUUUCCAGACGGUUUUUGUGUAAGCGCACGUGAUUGAUUUACGACGGGCAGAGUUCGUCAGAGCUGUAAAUCGUUUAAUUAGAGUAACGAAUCGAGACAGCAAAAUCCAAACAGAAAAGCAAGAAACUGUUCUCACGUGCGUUCAAGUUGUCCUGCUCGGUGAAAGAUUUAGGGACCGCCUCUUGGAGCGCGGUCUUUCACGAAGUGAGUGUGUUGAUGUGCUUUACCUAUCAACUGUGAACCCGUCGGGAGCGCGAAGAAUUUUUAACGCCCAGUGGGUGUGCGAAAGGAAAACCCGAAAUUGAUGAUUCACGUUCGCAUUGAGAAGUUGUAAUUGUGCUCCGAGUGAAAAAAAACAUGAGAUUUGAGCCAGCAUUAGAGUGAAGUGAAAGUGUUUUGGAAAAGUCGCUAAACAAACAAUCUAAUGAGGGGCAAGUGUUGAAACGAUACAGAACAGACACGAAAACGGGAGCAUGAUUCUUUCAUCUGGAUCAAAAUAUCAUAAAUAAAUCUUAAAUUGAUCAAAGAUAACUUGCCUAGUGAAUGAUAGUGUAAAUCAAAUAACAUAAUACAUCUCAAAACAAGUGGUUGCUGCUUUGUCAAACGCCAUAGAAUAUAAAUUCCAACUGAUUGACAGUGCAGUGAUACAACAACGCUGAAAUAAACUUAAGCUGAAUCUGCUGACGCCGAGAUUUUAAAAGAUUACGCCGCCAGGAUGAAGAUGUCAAAGUUAUCCAAUCAAACCAACUCGCAAGAUCCGCAGGCAGUGAACUCGCGAGUGUUUGUCGGAAAUUUGAACACAUUUCAGUGCUCCAAGACGGACGUCGAACGGAUGUUUCAGCGCUACGGACGUUUGGCAGGAAUAUCAAUGCACAAGGGUUAUGCCUUCGUACAGUUCACAAACCCCUUCGAUGCACGCAAUGCCUGUCACGGUGAAGAUGGGCGAACAGUCCUUAGCCAAACGUUAGACGUCAACAUGGUAGCCGAACCGAAACCACAUCAAACGGGCAGAAAGCGACAGAACAAGUCCAAAACCGGAAAUGAUUGGGACUACUAUUAUGACAGCUACUACGCAUCGACACUUUUUGGGCCCAUACAGCAGCAGCCCUCCUCCCAGCCCAGGCCCAUGAAGCGACAACGAUUGAUGCCUCCGAGCCGGCUGCCUCUGACAAGCAAAAUGAAUGGCGCUGGCAUAUUGGCAGGAGGGCCCCAGGUACCCCAACAGCAAUCCCAACACCCCACACAACAGCAGCUUCAAUUGGCGGCCGUCGCAGCAACAAGUCCUUCAGCAGCCGCAGCAGUGGCCGCCGGAUUGGGUAGCUACUAUGGCAAUGGCAACGGAUCAUUGGUCGUGAAUGGGCUCAGCAAUGGAUGCCUCACCAGCAAUGGAUACAUUAACAACAAUAGCUACCUGCUGAACGGAGAUGUGAAUGGAAGCAUGUCCAGCUACACCAAUGGGCAGCACGUCGUUGGACCAUUCAAAGUUUACAGUAAUCCGGAUACACUGAUUUGUGGCAACUGUCGAGAAAUGUUCACCGAUUUGACCGAACUGUUGGAUCAUAAGAAAUCCUAUUGCAAACUUCGUUUCACCUGCAAAUGUGUUUCUCCGUUGACCGUUAACAAAAACAAAAGCAACCCCCCAUCAGCGAAAUUGCUCUGCGUGGCGUGCAAAGAUUCCUUUUCCAACCCAUGGGAUUUGAUGGUACAUGCUCAGGCGGCCCACAUGGUGAACAUCUACGAACUGGGUGAUUCGUCCGAUGAAGAUAAAGCUUCUUCCAUGAGUUCGGAUUCCCUUGCAGAUUCCAGCGUCAACGAAUCCAGCUCCACAAAACGUCUGACCAACGGAAGCGAUAAAAGCGGCGAAACCAACGGAACGCAUCAUGAAGAUGCCAGAAAUCAUCAUGUGAACGGCAAGUCUUCCGAGCAGAACGAGAAUACCGACAAUGCAUCCAACAGCAAUGGGCUGAAAGGAGCUUCGUCCACAGAAGACAUUCACACGGUGGAAAACGGCUCAGAAUCGGCAAAGGUUAACGAUCAUUCUACCCUUCCCUACAACGGUGCAUCUAGUUCGAUUGCAUCACCGCAUCAAGUCAACAAUAGCGAGGAUUUGCAACCAACACGUGCCUGCAUCAUGACUGCCCUCAGUAUAAAUACCAAAUCCAACCCAGAUGCUACUGUUGCGCUGAAAAUGGUCACUUCGUCGCUUGGAAUUUCACUGACAAAUGGAACCACAGUCACGGCAGCUACGCAGUAAGUUGAUUAUCGUGGAAGAUGACAUCCCUGUUAUACGCGCUUUAAAUAUGUUUUACACAAUCGUAAUUGGUGAAACCCAAGCCUACAGCCAUAAUCACCCGGGACAAAGCUGAUUGAACAUGAUGGAAGGGGUGAUUUUAAAAGUUAUACUACCUUACACGUCUUGAAGAAUGUAUAUAAAAUAAAAGUUAAUACUAUUUCUGUUUCUGUAAUAUUAUUCGUAAAUUUACUCACAUCAUGAGACAUUAUUGUACAACUAUUAACGCAACGUAUAAAUAAUAAAACAACAGAUCAGCUGUUCUUCUUAAAGGUAAUCGACAAGUAUUUCCCACCACUUAGGAAUGUUAGUUGAGGGAGAAUGGGUUUUCAAUAAAACAGUAUAUAUCCGACAAAUUAAGAGCUUAUGGUCAACUUUGUUGAAUGGUAGUAUUUUUGCAGAUCAUGUGUUACGGUGUUUCGUUGGUUUUAGAAUCGGCGACGUAACGUUACUCAAGAUAAGGUAGUUAGGAAAAAUAAUGAAAUUAAUCCAAAUGUUUUGUAGUUAUUGAACACAACAGUAAACUGACCAAUCAAGAUCGUUUGAAACGUAUGAAAUUAAACGAAAAAGGUUUGAACUUAUCAAAACAAAAACUGUAAAAAGUUGAAUCACUUAUGUACAUAUCAAGGCAGCGAACGUAACAGAAGGAACCUGGUACUGCGAUCGGAAUAUGGAACGUAACUUAUGUAUCCUAAAUAGAUAAAGUGAAGAUGUUUAUUAAUUAAACUAAAAUAUCUUCUAGGUAAAGGAUGUAAAUAACAAUCUUUAUACAGAACAGGACUAUCAAUCGAAACUCACGAAACUGAAUGUAAAGAGGAAGAGAAACAAACAUAAUCAAAGUCAAAUUGAGUGUCUAUUUAAUGAGUUAAAAGUUGCGUUCUGUUUUCCAUAGUCCUCACCAUUAGAAUGGCAGAGUGCGACUUGCCCAUCAUCUUCCAGUGAGAAUCACUUUGACAGGCAACAAUGAAUAUCAAUUAUACAAUUUGCUUAUGCAGAGUGUCUAUAGGCUUCCAUACCCCCUCCAACCCCACUAAUUGAUUAUAACUUGUCCACAUACUCACAACCGCUUAUCCACGUUGCGGAGUAGUUCAAUUAGAAUCCCGCUGACAGGUGUCAUUGUAUGCCAAAAACUGAGUAGAUCAGUCCGUAUUAUUAGCUAGCCACAUAUAUGUCGGUACAGUUUCUUAUCCCCCUUACGUCUAUACGGUUAUAUAUCUAUUUAUCUACGUAGCGCUCUACAGAUAGCAACUUACACAGCCAAGCUGCAAUUCGAUUAAAAAUUAAUGAUUUCCGGUCCAAAUCCUGCUUUGGUCCAGACGACCGACCGGCUGUCACUCAAUAUGCCAGCAAACAACUUUGGAGAGCACGCACCCAUCCCGAGAGCCGCUAAUUGAUAGGGAAAAGUCAAACCGAACCGAAUUAGAGAUUCAUUAAUUUUGAUGAGUUUUGUGCAAUUGGCCCCACUCUCGAGCGACAUUUGCCUGCCAACCGAUCUGGACAAAAAGGGAGUGGAUA